AUGAGCACCCCCCCGGUUCUUUUUUUGCCCCCCCCCCCUCUGGACUCCCCCGCCCGCCGGGUCCUGAUCGCCGCUCGCUUCUCCCCGGACCCCCCCCCGAUAUUGGAGCGGCUCCCCCCGGGGGUCUCCGUGCCCGGGACCCCCUCCCUGCCGGUGCUGAGGACCCCCGGGGGGGCUCUGCUGGGCCCUGGGGCCGCUGCUCUGUUCGUGAGCCCCCCCGGGAUGAGGGGCAGGGACCCCCCCGAGGCGGCGCUGGUCCGGCAGUGGGUGGCGUUUGCCGAGGGGGAGCUGGGGACAGCGGCGGCCAUCGUCACGGGGGGACCCCCUGAGGCCCGGCCCAGGGCGCUGCAGGAGCUCCAUUUGGGUCUGGGGGCUCUCGAGUGGCGCCUGCGCGGCCGCUCCUUCCUGGUGGGGGAGGGGCCGACCCUCGCUGACGUCACCGCGGCCUGCGCCCUGCUGGGGGUCUUCACCCGGGUGCUGGACCCCCGUGUCCCCUACCCUGGGGUGUCCCUCUGGUUCGUGUCCCUCGUGUCCCUCCCCCAGUUCCGGGCUGAGCUGGGGCAGCUGCAGCUCUGGGGGGGGGGAGGGGAGGAGGAGACCCCUCCCCACGGGACCCCCGGGGGUCCUGAGCCCCCUCCCCCCACCAAGAGCUCGGCCCAGCUGAAGAAAGAGGCCAAAAAAAAGGAGAAAAUGGAAAAAUUCCAACAGAAACAGGAAAAACAACGGGAGCUGCAGGCCCAGCCCAAGCCCCCCAAGCCCGGCCGGGCCCGGCGGGAGCUGCGGGGGCUCAGCUACGAGACCCCCACCCCCCCCGGCUGCAAAAAGGAUGUGUGCAGCCCCCUCCCCGACAGUUACAGCCCCGGGUACGUGGAGGCCGCCUGGUACCCCUGGUGGGAGGGGGAGGGGUUCUUCAAACCCGAGUUUGGGAGGUCCCUGGAGACCCCCAACCCGCGGGGGGUGUUCGUGAUGUGCCUCCCCCCCCCCAACGUCACCGGGACCCUGCACCUGGGACACGCCCUGACCGUGGCCAUCCAGGACACGCUGACCCGCUGGCACAGGAUGCGAGGACUGACCACUCUGUGGGUGCCCGGGUGUGACCACGCCGGAAUCGCCACCCAGGUGGUCGUGGAGCGGCGGCUGCAGCGCCAGAGGGGCCUGAGCCGGCACCAGCUGGGCAGGGAGGCCUUCCUGGGGGAGGUGUGGCGCUGGAAGGACGAGAAGGGCGGCCGCAUUUACCAGCAGCUUCGGCGCCUCGGGGCCUCCAUGGACUGGGAGCGAGCCUGCUUCACCAUGGACCCCGGGAUGAGCCGGGCGGUGACCGAGGCGUUUGUGCGGCUGCACGAGCGGGGGCUGAUCUACAGGAGCAGGAGGAUCGUGCACUGGAGCUGUGCCCUGAGAUCGGCCAUCUCUGACAUUGAGGUGGAGAAGAAGGAGCUGGGGGGUCGCACUCUCCUGAAGGUUCCGGGUUAUUCCGAGCCCGUGGAGUUCGGGGUCCUCGUGGCCUUCGCCUACCCCCUGGAGGGGGCUGCCCCAGGUGAGGACCCCGAGCUCGUGGUGGCCACGACGCGCCUGGAGACGAUGCUGGGGGACGAGGCCGUGGCCGUGCACCCCGAGGACCCCCGGUACCAGCACCUGCGGGGCCGGUUCGUGCUGCACCCCCUGACCGGGCGGCGCCUGCCCGUGCUGCACGACGCCUUCGUGGACCCCGCCUUCGGCACAGGUGCGGUGAAGAUCACCCCCGCCCACGACGCCGCGGAUUUCGAGGUGGGGCAGCGCCACGGGCUGGGCGUGGUCAGCGUCAUCGGCGAGGACGGGACCAUGGUCAACGUGCCCGCCCCCUUCCAGGGCAUGCCGCGGUUCCAGGCCCGCUCGGCGCUGCUGGAGACGCUGAAGGCGCGGGGGCUGUUCCGGGGCGUCACCGAGAACCCCAUGGUGGUGCCGAUCUGCAGCCGCUCCAAGGACGUCCUGGAGCCCCGGGCCGUGCCCCAGUGGUUCGUGCGCUGCCAGGGUUUGGCCGAAGCCGCCGCGGCCGCCGUGCGCAGGGGGGACCUGAAGCUGCACCCGGCGACGCACGCGCGCACCUGGUUCACCUGGAUGGACAACAUCAGGGACUGGUGCAUCUCCCGCCAGCUCUGGUGGGGCCAUCGCAUCCCCGCCUAUUUCAUCACCAUCGACGACCCCGCCGUGACCCCGGGACAGGAUGAGGACGAGCGGUUCUGGGUCAGCGGCCGCUCCCAGGACGAGGCUCGGGCCAAAGCGGCCGCGACCUUCGGGGUCAGCCCUGAACUGGUCAGCCUGAGACAAGAUGAGGACGUUCUGGACACCUGGUUCUCCUCCGGCCUCUUCCCGUUCUCCGUCUUCGGCUGGCCCGAGCAGACCCCCGACCUGGAGCGUUUCUACCCCGGCUCCCUGCUGGAGACCGGCCACGACAUUUUGUUCUUCUGGGUGGCUCGGAUGGUGAUGCUGGGGCUGGCCCUGACUGGGAAACUGCCCUUCAAAGAGGUGUACCUGCACGCCAUCGUCCGCGACGCGCACGGGCGCAAAAUGAGCAAAUCCCUGGGGAACGUCAUCGACCCCCUGGACGUGAUCAAAGGGGUCAGUCUGCAGGAGCUGCACCAGCAGCUCGAGAGCAGCAACCUCGACCCCGCAGAGCUCGAGCGCGCCCGGGAGGGGCAGAAACGAGAUUUCCCCGAGGGGAUCCCGGAGUGCGGGACGGACGCGCUGAGAUUCGCUCUGUGUGCUUACACUGCUCAGGGCCGGGACAUCAACCUGGACGUGGGGCGGGUGCUGGGCUACCGGCACUUCUGCAACAAGGUCUGGAACGGGGCCAAGUUCGUGCUGAGAGCGCUGGGGGAGGGGUGGAGACCCCUCCCCAAAUUACAGGUGUCCCGGCUGUCCCUGGCUGACCGCUGGAUCCGCAGCCGCCUCUCCCGCGCCGUCCGGGGCUGCGGCGCCGCCCUCGGGGCCUUCGACUUCCCCGGGGCCACCACGGCCGUGCACGGAUUUUGGGUUUAUGAGUUCUGUGAUGUGUACCUGGAAUGUGCCAAGCCCGUCCUGGCCCCAGCGACCCCCGCCCAGCCCGGGGUGGGGGAGGGGCCCGAGGGAGAGCCCGGAGAGGAGGAGGAGGAGAAA